AUGGAGAGAAACACGAAAGGAUCUGUACUCGGAGUGGAUUACGCUGGUGUCGUGGAGAGAGUAGCCGAUGGAGACAGCACCAAGAAAUGGACGAAAGGAGAUCGUGUUACAGGUUCCGUGCACGGAGACUUUACAGGGAAUUCCCGUUUCCAUGCUGACGGGACGUUCUCGGAAUGGACGGUUGCUCGCACUGGUCUUGCCCUUAGGCUACCUGACUCAAUGUCCUUUGAAGAAGGUUCAACCCUAAGUGUUGGACUUAUAUCCUGUGCCCAAGGCCUGUAUCAGCAACUAGGGCUCCCGCUUCCGAACAACCCUACAUCCUCACCUUCAGCGGUGCUUAUCUACGGUGCUAGUACAGCUGCUGGUACUCUUGCCGUUCAACUAGCCAAGCUUUCCGGCCUCCGGGUUCUCGCAACUUGCUCACCCCGCAACUUCGGGCUCGUCAAAUCACGUGGAGCUGACAUGGUUUUCGACUACAACAGUCCAAGUGCCAUUCAGGAUAUAAAAACCGCCACCGAUGACCAACUAGGUCUAAUCCUCGACUGCGUUGGCGAAAGCAAUUCCCCGAGUUUCUGCUACGAGGCUAUGGGCAAGUCUGGCGGGAAAUACUCCACUCUGCUAUUCCCAGUGGACUGUCCAAGGAAGGAUAUCGUUGUGUCCAUGGUAUUCGCAUAUACCGCAUACGGAGAAGCCUUUACAAAGUUUGGACACGACUCACCCGCGAAAUUCGAGGACUAUCUGUAUGCAUCCAAGUUUUUCGACAUCUGCGAAGUACUACUGGCGGAGGGAAAAUUGAAGCCGCACCCGAGCGCACGUCGACCGAACGGGCUCGAUGGAGUCGUGGAUGGAUUACUCGAGCUGAGACAAGGGCGAGUCUUUAUCGUCAAUAUCAAGGUCACAGAUAUUCAGUUUAAGGUGUCGAUGCAGUCGUGA